AUGAACAAACGACAACACGGCCGUGAACCGAACAGAGCUGGUUCAAUGCUGGCUCUUGGCAUGUUGAGUCUAUGGAUGAUGAUGAUUGUUGUUGUCUCCGCUCAAUCAUCAGCACCAAAAUAUCAACUCAACAAUCUCGUUAGAACUAGUAACGGAUACAGCGGUUAUCUUCAUUUAGUACAGGGAUAUGGCCCUUAUGGAUCUGAUUAUUUGGAUCUAAAAUUCGAUCUCUACUUUGAGACAUCCUCAAGAAUUCACAUCAAAAUCACUGAUUUGCAACAACAAAGAUGGCAAGUUCCAAGUUGGAUCAUCAAAUCAAAAACUCCAAGUGUUGAACCAUCUCAAAAAGAUUAUACCGUGAAUUUGAAGACUUAUCCUUUCGGAUUUGAAGUUGUAAGAACAGCAACCAUGGAAACUCUGUUCAACACUAGUAACAUUCCAUUAGUGUUUGAAGACCAAUUCAUUUCAUUUGGUACAGUUUUUGAUGCUGUUCAAAAAGCCAAAGAUACUCAAGUGAACAUUUACGGAUUUGGUGAACGAGCUCGUCCUCUCAGAUACACUCCUGGAACAUACACCAUGUGGAAUUUAGAUAAUUUAAAUACUCCAAAUGAAAAUCUCUAUGGUACACAUCCAUUUUAUAUGCAAUACUUUUCAAACAGUGGACAUGCUCAUGGAGUAUUUUUAUUCAACUCCAAUGCACAAGAUGUUACCAUUACCAAUGAUAAUUUAGUUUGGAAAACGAUUGGUGGUGUUAUUGAUUUGUAUAUUUUCACAGGUCCAACUCCAGAUGAUGUCACAAAACAAUAUCAUGAAUUAAUUGGUCGUCCAUACAUGCCACCAUUCUGGUCAUUGGGUUGGCAUCAAUGUCGUUAUGGCUAUAAGAACAUUGAUGAAGUUAAAACUGUUUAUGACAAAUAUACUCAAUAUGGAAUUCCAUUAGAUACCAUGUGGAACGAUAUUGAUUAUAUGGAUGGUUAUAGAGAUUUCACAACCGAUCCACAAAGAUAUCCAAAGAAUCAAGUGAGACAGUUUGUGGAAACGUUGAAAUCUAAUAAUCAACAUUAUGUGGUCAUUGUUGAUCCAGGUAUCAAAUAUGAAAGCGGCUAUACACCUUAUGAUAUUGGAAAACAACUCAAUAUUUUCAUGAAGAAGAGCGAUGGAGUCAAUGAUAUUAUCAACACUGUAUGGCCUGGAUUGUGUGUAUUCCCCGACUUUACAAAUCCAAAGACACUUCCAUAUUGGGAAAGUUUGGUUGAAAAGUUCCAUUCGGAGAUUCCAGUUUCUGGUUUAUGGUUGGACAUGAAUGAAGUGAGCUGUUUCUGUAAUGGUACUUGUGAUCAAUCAAGAUCUAAUCAACCAUUCCAAAUGAGAGGACAACUUGCUCAAUUUAAUCCAAACAAUCCACCCUAUGUUCCAGGCGGAAGACAACUCGAUAUGAAAACACUCUCUAUGGAUGCCAUUCAACACAUUAGCAUUAAUUACAAUACGCACUCUCUGUAUGGCCUUUAUGAAGUCAAUGCCACUACAGCUAUUCUUCAAAAAGUCACUGGAAAUAAGAGACCAUUUAUUUUGACUAGAAGCUCAUAUCCUGGAUUAGGAGCUAUUUCUGCUAAAUGGUUGGGAGAUAAUGAAGCAACAUGGCAAUCAAUGAAAUCUUCUAUUAGCGGAAUGUUAGCCAUGCAAAUGUAUGGUGUUGCAUUAAUUGGAGCUGAUAUUUGUGGAUUUAUUGGUAACACUACAAAGGAACUGUGUGCUCGAUGGACUCAAUUAGGAGCUUAUUAUCCAUUCUCUAGAAAUCACAAUGAUAUUAAGGCAAUUCCACAAGAGCCUUAUGUCUUUGGUCAAGAAUUUAUUGACAUGACCAAGAGAAUUCUUGCUAAUCGUUAUUCACUCUUGAACUAUUACUACACUCAAUUCUAUCGUGUUCAUUCGAAUGGUGGAGGAGUUGUUAAACCAUUAUUCUAUGUAUUUGGUUCAUCAGAUUCGAAUCCAUUGUUGGCCUCCAUUGAUACUCAAUUCAUGGUUGGUGACCAUUUGAUGGUUGUACCCGUAUUGGAUGAAGGCGUAUUGAGCGUAAGAGCCUACAUUCCACAACAUAGAUCAGGCUGGUUUGAUUACUAUUCAGGAUCAUUGGUAUCAUUGAAGGGAGGAGAAUUCCAAAGAUUUGAUGCUCCUCUCUAUGGCUAUUCGAAUGCUUUGAUGGUUGGUGGCUCAAUUAUUCAACGUCAAACCCCAGGUCUCACUACUUUUGAGACAAGAAAGAAUCCAUUCCAGCUUUUGGUCGCUCUUUGUCAGCAUGAGUUCAAGGCUGGUGGUAUGGUCUAUCUCGACGACGGUGAAAGUGCAAACACAAUUGAGAAUGGCAUUUAUUCUUUGGUUGAAUUGCAAGCAAAUCCACUCUCUGCCAACACCAUUGUGCUCACCACUAAGGUCCUCCAACACAAUUACGCUCAAGCAUCUCUGUCCAAGCUCACUGCAGUUACUUUCUAUGGCUUCCCAAUGCAAAGCAGCCAAUGUAAGGCAACUGUGAACGGUCAAAACACGCAAAUUACCAGCAAUGGAGACAGGAGAACGGUCACCUUGAGCAGCAUUGUUCUCAACCUUGUAGAUAGCAACGUCAUUGUCGUGUCCUGUUAA